GGUCGCACUUUGCAGCAACAACAACAACGAGAGGAAUACGUAGAGCUACAAAAGCGCGAAAGCGACAUUUAAAACCAAUUAACAAUAGACAUUUAAAGCACUUUUGCAAAAGAAAAAAAAGAAUGGCAUUUAUCUUGCUUUAUCCAGCCGUAGCUGCUCUUGCUCUCUUCAUUAUCGGUGUUAUUAUUGUAAUUUUACGAUUUGGACCACGUCUUUGUGGUUUGCGUCAUCAUGCGCUUCCCGAUAAUCACGAAUGGGACGGAAAGAGCUAUGAGCAUGAGAUCAGCUACGCCUAGGUAAGGUUCCUUCAUACUGAAAUCGUUAUUGUCAUGACUCAAAUAUGUGGAAACUUCUGCCGUGUAUUUUUUCAAGUGAAUCAAGGCAAUAAACGGUCGGUGUGAAAAGUUUUGAUGUCAUUAAAAAUAAUUGCUAAACUCGAAUACUACUUCUAUAAAAAACUGCACAAUUAAUCUAGCAACUAAAUUCCGCGAUAAGAGGAAUCACAUUAAGAAUUAGUACAAACUUACGGCAACAUAUCGUAAUUUUUAAAAAGUGCCUUUUUAAAAACAAAUUUAUACUUUUAUACGCAUGCAUAGUAAGUUCACAUUACAAUUUUAGGUUAAAUUCAAACUCAAACUAUUCCGUCCGAGUAGUAUUUAAAAAAGCAGGAGCACUAUUUACAAUGCUCAAAUAACCAAUAGUUUGUAAACAGUUUUAUAAACGCAUGUUUUACGCAAUGAAAACAUUUUCUAAUAAAUGAUACAAAUUUA